UCAAGCAGAUGCACUUUCAUAAUGUGAGAAGAGUGAGAAGGGUUCUUACUCUGGAGAUAUUGAUACGAUUUUUUUGGAAGCAUAUAAUGAUGUAUUUUGGAUGGAUAGUGCUUCUGAUCAUGGUGAAUAAUGAAGUCCAGGCCUGGACAUACCAUUACAACACAUCCAACAUGGAAUGGGAGAUUGCUCGUCAGUGGUGCAGGCAGCAUUACACCGACAUGGUGGCCAUCCAAAAUGAGGGUGAGGUUAUCUACCUGAACCAGAUAUUGCCCUUCCAUUCCUCAUACUACUGGAUUGGCCUUAGAAAAAUGGCUGACCAGUGGACAUGGGUGGGUACCAUGAAGCCCUUGGCACCCGAGGCAGCCAGCUGGGCAACAGGAGAACCCAAUAAUCAGGGAACUAGUGAGGACUGCGUAGAGAUCUACAUCAAGAGGUCCAAAGACAUGGGCAAGUGGAAUGAUGACAAGUGCAGCAAAAAGAAAGCACCACUCUGUUACACAGCAUCCUGUUUAGAGAGGUCAUGCAGUGAGCAUGCUGAGUGUGUGGAGAACAUUGGACACUACACAUGCAAGUGUAAUCCAGGGUUCACAGGUCCCCGCUGUAAUGAAGCUGUAGAGUGUGGCAUGGUUAAAAAUCCAAAGCAGGGUUUUAUACAGUGUAACCAUGUUUAUGGAGAAUUUCGUUUCAAUUCAUCCUGUUACUUCCAUUGUGCCCGUGGCUACAUAUUAAAGGGUUCAAAACAUAUACACUGCUUGUCAUUGGGGAAAUGGGAUAGCGAGUCUCCUGAGUGCCAAGUUGUUGAAUGUCCUCCAAUUGCCACAAGAACCAGUGGUUGGAAUAUGACAUGCAGCCAUCCUCUGCACACAAACAGCUACAACUCUACAUGUGUGUUCAGUUGUGAAGAGGGCUUUGAGCUGAAAGGUUCACACACAACCCUGUGUGAUUACACUGGACAGUGGACACACAACCCCCCAAACUGCACAGCUGUGACCUGUGACCUGCUUGUGAGCCCUGAGAAGGGUCACAUGACCUGUACUGAUCCACUGGGAAAAUCCUCGUUCCGUUCAUCGUGUGCUGUGACCUGUGACAAAGGAUACACACUGAGAGGAGAGAACACACUGACCUGUCUCAAGACCAGCAACUGGUCAGCACAAGCACCAACGUGUGAAGUUAUAAGGUGCAGCGCUCUCAAUUCUGCUCCACAUGGCUCCAUGCAUUGUACGGACCCCUUGGAAAAAUUCGCCUAUGGCUCCAUUUGUCAGUUUGAGUGUGAUAUCGGGUUUCUGUUGAUGGGUUCAAACAACACCUACUGUAACUUAGAGGGGAACUGGACCCACAGUCUUCCGGUGUGUCAAGCGGUACAGUGUUCUCUGUCUGCUCACUCCAGUGAUGUGAGAAUGAACUGCACUCAUCCCAUCUCCACCAACAGCUACAGCUCCACCUGUGUGUUUAACUGUGACGAGGGCUUUAAGCUCAUAGGUUCCAAUAAAUCUCAGUGUGAUCACACUGGACAGUGGAUACCCAAGACCCCCACUUGCAAAGCUGUGACCUGUGACCCGCUUGUGAGCCCUGAGAAGGGUCACAUGACCUGUACUGAUUCACUGGGAAAGUUCUCGUUCCGUUCAUUGUGUGCUCUGUCCUGUAUGGAAGGAUACACACUAAGAGGAGAAAACACACUCACGUGCCUCAAGACUGGCAACUGGUCAGCACAAACACCAACAUGUGAAGCUGUGACCUGUGACCUGCUUGUGAGCCCUGAAAAGGGUCACAUGACCUGUACUGAUCCACUGGGAAAAUCCUCGUUCCGUUCUUCAUGUGCUGUGACCUGUGAUGAAGGAUACACAUUGAGAGGAGAGAAUAUACUCACCUGCUUGCAGACCAGCAACUGGUCAGCACAAACGCCAACGUGUGAAGUUGUAAGGUGCAGCGCUCUCAAUUCUGCUCCACAUGGCUCCAUGCAUUGUACGGACCCCUUGGAAAAAUUCGCUUAUGGCUCCAGUUGUCAGUUUGAGUGUGACAUCGGGUUUCUGUUGAUGGGUUCAAACAACACCUACUGUAACUUACAGGGGAACUGGACCCACAGUCUUCCAGUGUGUCAAGCUGUGACCUGUGACCUGCUUGUGAGCCCUGAAAAGGGUCACAUAACCUGUACUGAUCCACUGGGAAAAUCCUCGUUCCGUUCUUCAUGUGCUGUGACCUGUGAUGAAGGAUACACACUGAGAGGAGAGAACAUACUCACCUGCUUGCAGACCAGCAACUGGUCAGCACAAACACCAACAUGUGAAGUUGUAAGGUGCAGCGCUCUCAAUUCUGCUCCACAUGGCUCCAUGCAUUGUACGGACCCCUUGGAAAAAUUCGCUUAUGGCUCCAGUUGUCAGUUUGAGUGUGACAUCGGGUUUCUGUUGAUGGGUUCAAACAACACCUACUGUAACUUACAGGGGAACUGGACCCACAGUCUUCCAGUGUGUCAAGCUCAACAGUGCCCUUUGCUGUCCAGUCCAGAGAAAGGCUGGAUGAAUUGCUUUCACCCUCACUCCCUCUUCAGUUAUGGCUCAUGCUGUAGUUUUAGAUGUGAAGAUGGUUACUUGCUCGGAGGGGAAGUUAAGCUGAAUUGUACAACUGCUGGAACCUGGAGUUAUGAGAUACCUUCUUGUAAUGUUGUUCAGUGUGAAUCCCUCUUGCUGGCACCUCUAUCUCAAUCGGAUUCCACCCCUGUCCCUUUUAUGAACUGCUCCCAUCCAAGGGGCAACUUCAGCUUCAGCUCCGAUUGUGUGUUCAGCUGUCCUGAAGGCUACAGGCUGAAUGGAUCUACUGACCUGCUGUGUACUUCAGCUGGACUUUGGACUGACCCAUUGCCUACCUGCAUCAUGGAGGAUAUGCCUUUAGGUACUGCCUUUCUUGUAUAUGGUGCAAUAGGAGCAGCAGCAUCUCUUGGCCUGCUGCUUAUGGUGGGAUUGGUCAUCCUGUUAAUGCGCCAGUUCAACAAGAAUAAGUUCACUCCAGAUUACUCGGCCUGGGAUGGAACUCUAAAUCCAGUAUUUGAAGAAAAUUAACCAUUUUAUGGAAAUUAUGCAAUAAGUUAUUAUGUACUAGGAAAAGAAAUGAUCAUUUCUGUACUGUUGAUUAGAUGAAACUUUACCAUUGUGUUAACUGUCUUCCUGAGAAUCUGAAAUAUGAAUACAAGAGUAAUAAUUUGAUCAGUCUUUAAUUUUGUUUUUAUAAAGCCAUCCAAGGAAUUGUACCUUUCUGUGUUUCUCUAGAUGAGAUAACAUAAUGAUAAUUGGUUAGAUAUUAUAUUUUGGUUUAGAUAUUAUAUUUUAAUUUAUGGCUAUCAAGUGUGGUUUAGUACAGGCGUUCUUAAGCUUUUCUACUGUAAGGCCCACCUAUUCAUACUUGUCAGGGCCCAUUAAAAAAAGCCCAUUAAAAAAAGCUCCCCAAUUA